AUGGUGGACCCGUUGAGCCGUCGGCUCAAUAUAAGAUACCCAAAAGUGGCGAUGAUCAAGGAAUGCACAUUACGAAUCAUCUGUUGUUUGUGGAUGAUCUCAUUGCAAUCUAUGCCAAAAGAAGUUAAGAGGCUUCUUGCUGUGGUAAAACUAGAAGUAAAUUCAGCAAAGUCAGCUACUAUCACCCAGCGGUUAGCCGAAAGAGCACUUAAUGGCAAGAACUUUAUCAAAGCUAUGAAUGAGCACGCCAUAAGCAUAAUAAAUUAUUACGCCGGGGUGCUAAAGCUGGAGCCGGAAAACUUCAAGGCUAUAGACCACGAUAUCAGACAGUUACUAAUCAAAUACGGAAUUCACAAGCAAUCUGCAUGCUCGGAAAGACUGCACCUGCGAAGAAACGAGCUACGACGUGGACUUCAUAAUGUUGAGUAG